CCCCACUGCCAUCAACAACACACACACCUCCUCAACCCCUUUGUGUGUAUCCAUGUGUGCUGAAAGACCAAGUGUCGGAUGCUGAGCUGAUUUUUCAUUAUUACUUUUUUUCCCCCAAAUAAUAUGUAUAUAAUUUAUUCAUCAACAACAAAUCCUGUUGGAUGUAUGGAAAGGUGCAUGUGACCCGGAGAGCGCGUGGGAAUCUCACUUCUCCAUAGCUUGGACCCACAUAGAGGAGCCUGUUACCAGCAAGUGCGGCAGAAUUGGACUUUUCCACCAUCAGCAUCCCUGCUCACCUCACCUCAUCCCUGCUCGUCUCGUGGCAGACCUCCCUCCUCCUCCCUGUUUCCCUCUCCGUUGUUCCAGAAUAGCCCCGGACCCCACAGCCUACCCGCGGAGUCUUUGGAUUUCGGGGGUGAUGAAGGGAAGCAGUAGGAUGGAUUAACGGGGACGGCGCAACGGCAAAACUGGAGCAGCACGCGCGACCACGCCGGGGGGGGAGGGGGCGACGGGACUCGGUGAAUUCACGGAGCCCCCGGGACAGAGGCUGCGACUGGUCCCACCCCAAAAUGACAUCACCCAAAACCAAAGCAAAGAAGAAACCACCCAAAGACAGCAUAACUCUGCUGCCAUGUUUUUAUUUUGUGGAGCUCCCCAUUGUCCUGUCCUCCUUGGUGUCCCUGUACUUCCUGGAGUUGACAGAUGUCCUUUCCCCGGCGAUGGUGGGCUUCCGUUGCUAUGACCGCGACCUCUCCAUGCCCUACGUCGAGACUGGAGAUGAGCUCAUCCCUCUGUUGAUGCUGCUGAGUUUGGCGUUCGCUGGUCCAGCAGCUUCUAUUAUGUUGGGGGAAGCGGUGAUGUACUGCAUGCAGUCCAAACUGAAGACCUGUCCCAAGUCAGAGGGGAGCAUAAACGCUGGAGGAUGCAGCUUUAACUCCUUCCUGCGCCGGACCGUGCGCUUUGUUGGUGUUCAUGUGUUUGGUCUCCUGGCAACAGCCCUAGUAACAGAUGUCAUCCAGUUAGCUACUGGUUACCACGCCCCUUUCUUCCUCACUGUGUGUCAGCCCAAUUACACAGCUCCGGGAGUGUCAUGUGACAACAACGCCUACAUCACGCAGGACAUCUGCAUGGGGAAAGACCAAUAUGCAAUCAUGUCUGCAAGGAAAACCUUUCCAUCCCAGCAUGCGACGCUCUCUGGCUUCGCCGCUGUAUAUAUCUCUAUGUACUUCAAUGCCAGCAUCAACAGUACGACUAAGCUGCUGAAGCCCCUGCUGGUGUUUGCUUUCUGCAUGGCUGCAGGCCUUGCUGGCCUGACUCAGAUAACGCAGCACCGAAGUCACCCGAUAGACGUCUACGUGGGUUACCUCAUAGGAGCCGGCAUUGGAGUAUAUCUGGCUGUGUACGCUGUGGGAAAUUUUAAGGCGUCAGAAGAAGAUGCUCCCUCUUUGCAGCGGCUGACUUCAGUCCAUCAGAAAGAUGGACUUAGAGUGUUGAGCCAGCGGAGCCAUGAUUCACUGUACAGGAAGACUCCCAGGGUGUCUGAGAGCAGGGAGGAGCUGGGGGCUGGGUUGGGUUCCGGAGCCCGCAGUAAGGUGAGGAGGGAGAAGGCGUCCCUUGCCUCCCUGAAACGAGCGAGUGCUGAUGUAGAGCUCCUGGCAACACGUGGACCCAUGGGCAAGGAGACUAUGGUAACCUUCAGCAACACCUUACCCAGAGUCGCAAAUGGAAACAGCCCCAUCUCACCUUCUGAUGAGCCGAUCAUCACGCAGCGCCACAUGACCUUCCACGUUCCGUCUGAUUCCCAGAGGUCUCGGCAGCUGGUGUCAGAGUGGAAGCAAAGAUCGCUGGAGCUCCGCAGUCAGAGCUCUAGGGAUGAAGAUGAAGGAGAGGAUGAGAGGGACAGAGGAGGUGAAAGAGGAGCGGCCGCAGGUGAAGGAGAGAAUAAAGGGAUGCCUUCAUCUCUUUAUCCCACAGUGCAGGCCAGCAACAAUCCUUCAACAGCAGCUACAGCGAGGAUGGCUGUGGCACCCCCACUGGUUCACAUCCCAGAGGAGGCCUUGCGACCUCCGCCUGUUUCCCCUAAGAGUGCCAAAACACGAGCCAAAUGGUUGUCGCUUACUGAGGUAGGAGGAGUGAAAGAGCCUGGAUCAGGACCCAUUGCUGUUUCAACUCCACGGGUACCGAACACACAGCCCAGCCAGCCUCCCAGCCAACAAAGGGUCACUCAGGUCAUAGCCAUGUCGAAGCAGCAGGGUCACGGAGGAACCUCUUCAUCAACUAAGACAUCAGAAGGAGGCUCCUCCUCAGGUGGUGGCUCCAACUGCUCUGAGUCCCCUUAUUACCGCAUUCCGUCUGAUCGAGACAGCUGCACUGGAAGCAACCCGGGGAGCGUCGCGGGUAGCGGGAGCAUCGUCACCAUUGACGCUCACGCCCCCCACCACCCGGUGGUGCGUGUGUCAGCCAGCAACGGCAAGCCGUGGGAGUGGAGGAACACCAUCAGUGGUAACAUGAUAACUGCCGAGCCGUCUGGCGACAAGCAUCGCAUCUCGCUGCAGCGGCAGGACAAUGUUUGCCACUACCGGGAUUACCGGACGCUGCCAGUGAAAACAGACUCGCUUGGCUCUUCCACCACGAGCGGGAGCGCAGAUGUGGGGGCAGAGUUGCCUCCACCUCCCCUUCCUACUGCCUCCUCCCCUCUGCCUCCUCCACCUCAGCUGUCAUCCUCCCCUCUUCCACCACCACCCCCUCCUCAGUCAUCCCCUUCACAGUUACCUCCACACUCAAGCUCUACCCCCAUGCCUCCACCACCUCUUCCUCAUUCUAGUUCCCCUCAUUUGCCCCCAUCCCCUCACCCAUCCUCUUGCCAAAUGCCCCCACCUCCUCACCCCUCCUCCUUGCAAAUGCCCCCACCUCCUCACCCCUUAUCGAACCAGAUGCCUCCACCUCCUCACCCAUCUUCAUCUCCAUUGCCUCCUCCCCCUCCCCCUUCCUCCUCUAUGUCUAUGCCCUCUCACCCGUCCCACUCCAGCAUGCUGCCCCCUCCCCCCCACCCCGACCUGCUGAUGGACGGCCACGGCCAAGCCUUAUCCCGCUCCUCAACCCUUCCUCGCAGGCCCUCUGUGUCUUCUCGUAGCCAUGCUGAACAGGAGCACUACUACAAGGCCCUGCAAAAUGAGAGGAUGUUGUAGUUAAAGAGGGACAGGAAAGACAACAGACAUAGGAAUAUUAGACUCAAAAUGCCAUAACUGAAAGAGACAGAAAAAAAAACAGGCUGCAACAGUUCAGUAGAGAUUUCC